AUGGCCUCACCACCAGACUCCCGGAAAGCCUUGGGGGUUACCAGCAGAGGUUCUGCAGAGCUCAGGAAGGGCUCAGGGGAAACUAGGAAACUCUCUGCCGAGAUGAGGAAAGACUCAGAAGAGGCCCGGAGGGAUCUUGCCCAAGACGGGAGGAAGAAGUCUUCAUUAAAGAGGUCCCCUGAGUCCAAGAAGGGCAAUGUUGACGAGGGCAGGAGGGCUACAGUUAGGACAAGGAAGGCUUCCAUCGACAGCGAGCUGAGGACUCCGAUUAAGGGGACGGUCGGUAUGUCCUCCAUCUUUAGCAGUGUGCGACCCAACAGGUUGCCCUGGGUCACCCUGCUGCGAGCGGUGAACCGAUUCAAGAUCUCCUUCCCUGAUAUCCGUCGGGACCAGAUUCUGGCCGCCUGCGACCCCUUGCUCAUAGAGUCGGAGCACCCGUCCCACCAGAGGCACUCCAAAACGCCAGCGAUGCAAUUCUGGGGCGACCAGCAGCAUCUCUCCAAGGUCCCAUACAAAAUUCUGGCCGGGCACGAACGCAUCGUGAGCUCCUGCCAGUUUUGCAUGGAUGACACGCGGUUUGUCAGCGGCUCCUACGACUGCUCCGUGAAGCUGUGGGAUGCGGCUGAAGGAUACGUGCUUUCCGAAUUCAAGCCACAGCCCAAGGCGCCUGUUUUAGAAUGCAGCACCUCGGCUGACAGCAGAAGGCUCAUCGCAUCAUCUUAUGAUAAGACAGUGAGGGCUUGGGACAUGGAGACGGGUCAGCUUCUGUGGAAAGUCAGGUUUGAUACCUUCGUGGUGUGCUGUAAGUUCUCUCCUGAUGGGAAGUACGUCCUGGCGGCCUUGGAUGUGGACUGUGGGUUCUGCCUGAUGGAUCCGGUGAACAUCUCCAUCGUGGUCCAGAUCAAAGAUCAUCACAAAAGAUCCAUCACAGCGUGCUGCUUCGACCCUGACAGCCAGAAGGUGGCUUCUGUCUCCAUAGACAAGAGUAUCAAGAUCUGGGACAUUACAUCCCAAGCCACGCUGCUCACCAUCCCCAAGGCACACAAAAAUGCCAUCUCAGACUGCUGCUUCACCUUCAGUGGCCACUUCCUGUGUACCAGCUCCUGGGAUAAGAAUAUAAAGAUAUGGAACGUCCACACGGGGGAGUUUCGAAACCGAGGCGCCUGUGUGACUCUGAUGAAGGGCCACCAGGGCUGCGUGAGUUCCUGCUGCAUCUCCAGAGACAACUCUAUACUCAUUUCCGGUGGGUUUGACAAGACCGUGGCUAUCUGGGAUGUCGGAGAUGGCUACCAGAAGCUGGCACUCAAGGGCCACGACGACUGGGUGACGGACGUUGCUAUUAGCAACAACAAGAAAUGGAUCCUCUCGGCUUCAAAGGACAGCAACUUGAGGCUAUGGAAUAUUGAAGAGAUUGACAAAAUUCCUUUGGUAAAUGAGAAGAAAAAGGCCAAGGGCGUCAAGGUCAAGCAGUGCAAAACUUGCGAACAGCUUUACUCGACCUUCGAAGAGGAGUACUCUACCAAACUGUCCAACCGGUGUGUGCACUGCCGGCGAGAGAAUCGCUUCCUGCCCGGCUAUCGGUCGUCUUCAUCGUCGUCGUCGCAGCUCUCCUCGUCCUCGUCUCAGGGUGAAUAUUUCUGAGCAUCCCGAGCGCAGGCCGCCCGCCCUCCAGCCUGCGGCGUUCUGCAGGGCCCUGCGCCGAGCCUUCUCCCAUCCGGCGGACGGCACCCAGCAGACCGAGGCAGGGGCAGGCUCUGACUGGACUCAGCGUGGUGCUGCCUCUCUGCCCCGUCCCCAGAACCCUCCAGAGGCGAACAUUUUUUUUUUUACUGUUAAUCUAGAAAUAAAUGUAGAUUCCCUUGCAAGACGACAAGCGUGCGGAGGAGUUGCAGAAGCCGUUUGCGCUUUAGCUUUAUGCCCCGGUG